UCAUUCUAUGGUGCAGGUGUGAAUCCAUGGCGGAGGUUGUGUGGUGUCGUUUGUUUGUUAGUGCAUGCAUGACAUAGAUGAGUUAGGUGCGUUUUGUAUGAAUGUUUUCUCCUUACUACUUCGCUUUGGUUUUAUUGUAAACUACCGUGAACGCGAGGCUUCCUAGAAGGAAGCUGACGAUACCGCUGCAGCCAACGUUCUGCAGCGUGCUUUGCCAUGUGAAAGACUCCCGAGAGUAGCACGCUUCCCGGCAACAGAAAAUCGGAGCCCGAGAGUAACUGAAGUCAGUGGCACAGAGCUUUCAAAGGAGGAAAAAUGAACGAGGGCCCUCCCUCAUCGGGCAAGAUGGCUCUAACGCUAGACCCACUGACGCAAAUCAAUACAUACCGGUCCUUUGUUUCUAUGCUCGAAGACCCAGCUGCAAAGGAUGAGAGCAAGCUCAAGGCAGUUCAAGAGCUGAGUGAAGAGUUGGAGACCAUCGUCACAUCGGUGCACUACCCGACGUUCCUGGACCAUGCCAUGCGCGUGUUUCUGCGCAUUCUCCAGGAGGGCAAGCCGCAGUUCAUUGCUGAGCACAACAUGCAACAACUGCGCAAGUUAAUCCUGGAGAUAAUCCAUCGCAUUCCAACCAAUGACCAUUUGCGUCCCUAUGUCAAGCAGAUCCUCAACCUCAUGUUUGAGCUGCUGAAGGUGGAGAAUGAAGAGAACGUCCUGGUGUGCCUGCGAAUUAUCAUUGAGCUGCACAAGCAGUUUCGGCCGCAGUUCAACCCAGAGAUCCAGCAAUUCCUGGAGUUUGUAAAGACCAUCUACCGGGAGCUGCCGAACCACCUGAACGCCAUCUUUGAGCCGCGGCCGCCGCUGAAGUUCAAGGACCUGAGUGAGCUGAACCUGGACGCUGUGCUGCAGGAGACGUUCACCCUCACCAAUGUGCAGCUGGAGAAGAAGGGGCCCGACGGAAGCUGUGCCUCGAUGCAGUGGAGUUUGCGGGUGACCAGCUACCAAAUGUACAACGUGAUCCCGCGGGCGGUGCUGUCCCUGAAGGUGCUGGCGGAACUGCCCAUCAUCGUGGUGCUCAUGUACCAGCUCUACAAGCAGAGCGUGCACGACGAUGUGGCCGAGUUCAUUCCGCUCAUCCUCAACACCAUCACCCUGCAGCCCCUGCCCCAGCACAGGAUGAAUCCAGCCUUCAACCGUGAGGUGUUUGUGGACUUCAUGGCCGCCCAGAUCAAGACGCUCUCGUUCCUGGCGUACAUUGUAAAGAUCUACCAGGUGGGAAUACCUGGGAUGGAACCCCCAAAGAUGACUCUGCACGAAAUCUUCAGCAUUGGCGAGGAGACUGUGGGUGUGCAUUGCAGCCAGUUGGCGCAAGGCAUGCUGGGACUGCUGAUGCUGUGCCCCCAGGAGGUGGCACACCUGCGCAAGGAACUGCUCAUCGCCGCCCGCCACAUCCUGGCUACCGACCUGCGCAACAAGUUUGUUGGCUGCAUGGAGCAGCUCUUUGAUGAGAACAUCCUCAUUGGCUCAGGCUGGACAGCGUACGAGUCGCUGCGGCCCCUGGCGUACAGCACCCUCGCUGACUUGGUGCACCAUGUGAGGCAGCACCUGCCACUGAACAACCUGUCUUCGGCAGUGGCUGUGUUCUCGCGAAAUGUCCACGACGAGUCCCUGCCAGCCUCCAUUCAGACCAUGUCUUGCAAGCUGCUUCUGAAUCUGGUGGAGUGCAUCCGCACCCGGUCGGAUCAAGAGAACGGAAAUGGUCGUGAGCUGCUGAUUCGCAUGCUGGAGGUGUUUGUGCUCAAGUUCAAGACAAUAGCCAAGUGUCAGCUACCUGUGCUCAUGCAGAAAAGCCGACAGCAGGGCCCGCCGUCGGAGGCGAACAGGGAGGAUAGUGCCCGUGCAAGCCUCCAGUUUUCUGCCUCCCUGGCGGACCUCAAGGAGGAGAAGAGCAACAGCUACACAGUGGCCGACUGUCGGAGCCUGGUGAAGACGUUGGUGUGCGGGGUCAAGACCAUCACCUGGGGCAUUGGCACGUGUAAGAUGCCCGGUGGGCCGCUGGAGGAGAAGCAGUUCCAGCCUAAGGAGACGCUGGUGUUCAUCCGGCUGGUGAAGUACGCCCUGCAGGCGCUGGACGUGUACACGCUGCCACCCGGCACGGGUGUCGUGGCGGGUGGAGCAGUGGGUGGCGCAGCAGGCGCAGGGGCUGCCUCCUCGGCGCAUGCCCGCACGGCCGCCCUGCAGUCGGCCGUGCGCUCCAAGGAAGAGAAGGAGGUCCUUGACCACUUUGGGGGUGUGUUCACCAUGAUGAGCCCUUCCACAUUCAGGGAGGUCUUUUCCACCACUAUUGAGUAUGUUGUCGAGCGACUGAACAAGAACUCGGCCCUCCAGAUUGUGGCCAACUUUUUCCUGGCGAAUCGUGCCACAUCUCCCAUCUUUGCAACCAUCCUGGUGGAGUACCUGUUGGAGCGCAUGGAGGAGAUGGGAGCCAACCCAGACAAGUCCAACCUGUACUUGAAGCUGUUCAAGCUGGUCUUUGGCUCGGUGUCCCUCUUUGCUUCAGAGAAUGAGCUUAUGCUCAAGCCGCACCUUCAUCGCAUUGUGAACCGGUCUAUGGAGCUGGCGCUGAGUGCACGGGAGCCGUACAACUACUUCCUCCUUCUGCGGGCCCUCUUCCGCUCCAUUGGCGGCGGCAGUCACGACCUCCUCUACCAGGAGUUCCUGCCCCUGCUGCCUUCACUGUUGCAAGGUCUCAAUGGCCUGCAGAGUGGCCUGCACAAGCAGCACAUGAAGGACCUGUUUGUGGAGCUGUGCCUGACGGUGCCCGUGCGGCUCAGCUCUCUGCUGCCCUACCUGCCCAUGCUGAUGGACCCACUGGUGUCCGCACUCAACGGCUCCCAGACGCUCAUCAGCCAGGGUCUGCGCACGCUGGAACUGUGCGUGGACAACCUGCAGCCGGACUUCCUGUACGACCACAUCCAGCCCGUGCGGGCCGAGCUGAUGCAGGCCCUGUGGCGAACGCUGCGCAACCCGACCGACAGCAUUGCCCAGGUGGCCUUCCGCGUGCUGGGCAAGUUCGGGGGCGGCAACCGCAAAAUGCUCAUGGAGCCCCAGCGCCUCGACUACUUGGACCGUGACACGCCGGGGCCCUGUAUCACGGUCCACUUCCAGGACCACAAGACACCGAUCGUGCUGCCGGUUGACAAGCUGAUUGAGACUGCCUUCAACGCCCUUAAGCAAAGCGGCACGGACUCAUUUUACCGGCGCCAGUGCUGGGAGAUCAUUCGUGGCUUCCUGGUGGCCAACAUACAGCUGGAUGAUGAUCGGCAUUCCAUGCUUCAACUGUUCUCACAUCCAAGCUUUGGCACAGGCGAGAUUUCACCAAACCAGACCGUCCCAUACAAGUGCCAAGAUGUGGAAACACGCAAGGUCCACCAGAUGGCUCUGACGGGCAUGUUUGCGGCAGCGGCAAUCAAGGAGCUUCACAGCCAAGUGCUGCCAUUCCUGGUGUCACUGGUGCAUCACUACACCCUGGUGGCAGUGGCCCAGCAGGCGGGGCCGCUCCGCCAGACCCGGCCGCCCACACAGGGCAUGGACCCGUCCGUGCUCGUGGACGCCCUGGCAGCCAUAAUGGCCCACGAGGAGAAAGAACUUUGCAAGGUGGGUCAACUGGCCAUGCUGCUCAUCACGGAGAACUCGGCAACGGUGCUGACAUCGCGGGAGCGGGCCUGCCAGCUGCCACAUGUGGAAUACCUCUCUGAGCGGCUGUGCGCCCUGUGCUAUGACCGGGCUUGGUAUGCAAAGUCGGGUGGCUGCUUCGCCAUAAAGUGCCUGGUAGAGCGGCUGCCUCUUCGCUGGGUGCUUGGACACCAGUACGUUUUCCUCAAGGCCUUGUUCUUCAUCAUGAUGGACCUGACGGGGGAGGUCUCCAAUGGGGCCGUCGACAUGGCCAAAUCCAACCUGGAAAAGAUGCUGACGGUGUGCGCUGCACCGCUGCCUGCCGACGCCCCGGACGACCUGCGCGAGGUGCAGCGCAAGUCGCUGCAGGAGGUGACGCUGGAGCUGGUCCGGCAGGUGACCUCGCCCAACACCUGUGUGCGCCAGCAGGCCAUCCAUUCGCUGGAGGUGCUGGCCCAGCUGACGAACUGCUCGGUGGGGGCCCUCAUGGAGCCGCACCGGGAGGUGCUUGCUGACAUGGUGCCCCCCAAGAAGCACCUGCUCCGACACCAACCCUUGAACGCACAGAUCGGCCUAAUGGAGGGAAACACCUACUGCACCAGCCUACAGCCACGGCUGUUUGCCCUUGAUGUAAGCGUCACCGAGCACAAGACCUUCUUUUCCGAGCUGGUGAGCUUGUGCGAGGCUGACGACGAGGCGCUACGCAAGCUGCCCUGCUACAAGGGAUGCGGCCCUGCGGCGCUGGUGUUGUUGCGAAAAGCGGCACUCAGGGCACUGGCCACGUGCCACUACCUGCCGUGCCGCGAGCGAGUUUUCCAUGUCCUCUACCGGGCGCUCAAUGCCAAGGACCCUGAACUUCAGGAGGCAGCCUUUCAGUGCAUGUCCGACUUCGUGGCUGCCUGCAACAUUGACAUGGAAAUGGUGCACAAGGCGAUCCGGUCACUGCUGAUGUUGCUGGGCGACUUCAGGCAGCUGUCGCUGAGCGUGAUCCAGCGCUUGAGCUACCUCACCCAGCUGUUCCCGCACACGUUCAACGAGAAGCUCUGCGACCAGCUGCUGCAGCACCUGGGCUGCUGGCUCGAGGUGGCUGUGCGCACUCCGCAUCGCGGUCCCAACUCCACCGAGGUGCACCAGUGCGCCGCCAUCAUUGCCAUCUUCCACCAGAUCCCCGCGGCGGGUCCGGCGUUUGUCAAGCCGCUCGUCACGCUUGUCCUUCGUCAUGAGCAGCAGCUCAUGGUAGAGGCUAGCAGUCCUUUCCAGGAAAAGGACCUAGAAGAUCAACACCUACACGGAAGAAUGGUUCUGAUGGCACCCCUGCGAAAAUUCCUCGAGAGGCACCCAGCCACUGCCCUGGAGCUUUUGCUUGCUGAGCCACAAGUGCUGGAUGAGCAGCUGAACCGCUUCCUCGAACAUCUCCUGAGGGAUGGCGCUACGUUCCGGGCGGCACUUCAGCGGAACACUGGCUGCAUUGAUCGGCUUGCACAACUGCUCGAUGAGGGAGGUCCCGAGCUGCAGCGGCUUGCCGUGCGCCUUGUAGCCGCUGUGUCGCGCCGUGAGCCCCAGUUUCUGGCUGAGCGGCCUGCGCUGGUGGCACGGCUACGAGCUGUCUGGGUUUCGGACAGCUUCCAGACUGCAGGCUCAGCUGGCCUGGCUCAGUGGCGCGAGCCCAAGUUGCUCUGCCGCUGCCUGCUGGGCGUGGUGCAGCAGCGGCCGCACGAGAUCGAGCUCCUCUUCCAGCUGCUGCGUGCCUUCACGGGGCGCUUCCUACCGGACUUUGGCUUCCUGCGCGACUUCUUGGACACGUGGGCGGCCAAGGGCCAAACGGUGGAGUGGAAGCGGGCAGCCUUCUUCCGCUUUGUCGAGGCCUUCGGGGACCCUGCCUUUCCGCAGCCGCUGUUGGCCAAGGUGCUGCAGCAGCUGCUCAUCCCGGCCUUUGCGGCCUCCUUUGAACGUGGCGAAGGGGAGGCCCUCAUUGGUGGGCCCCCACAGCCUGAGCGUGACUCACCGGACAAUGUCAUCUCGGUCUUCAUCAAUCGUGUCAUCGACCCCGAGAACCCGUUUGGCACCUCGGAUGCUGUGCGCAUCCUCCUGCUUCAGUUCUCUUGCCUCCUGGUGGAGCAGGCCUCUCCGCACAUCCACGAUGCAGCCAACAAACGGCAGGGCAUUAAGCUGCGGCGGCUGAUGACCUUUGCUUGGCCCUGUUUGCUGGGCAAGAACUGCGUUGAUCCAGCCACCAAGUACCACGGCCACCUGCUGCUAGCCCACAUCAUUGCCAAGUUUGCCAUCCACAAGCGCAUUGUGCUGCAGGUGUUCCACAGCCUGCUGAAGGCUCACGCCGUGGAGGCUCGUUCGGUGGUGCGCCAGGCCCUGGAGAUCCUGACGCCGGCCAUGCCCGCCCGCAUGGAGGACGGCAACACCAUGCUCACCCACUGGACCAAGAAGAUCAUCGUCGAGGAGGGCCAUACCCUGGCCCAGCUGGUGCACAUGCUGCAGCUGCUGUACCGCCACUACCGGGUCUACUACCCCGUCCGGCACCACCUGGUGCAGCACAUGGUGAGCUCGGUGCAGCGACUCGGCUUCACGCCCAAUGCCAACAUUGAGCACAAGAAGCUGGCCGUCGAUCUGGCCGAGGUGGUGGUCCGCUGGGAGAUGCAGCGCCACCGUGAAGAACAGCAGCAGCAACCGCAGCAGACGCCGCCGCCUCAGUCGACCUCCGAGGAGAGUCGACGCCUGCUGGACCAAAGUGGUCGAGCGCGGCAGACGGCACCACGGCCAGACCGUCCCAUUGAGAAGCACCAUGCCGACGCCCUGGUCAACUUUCUCCUGCGCAUGGCGUGCCAGGUGAACGAGUCCUCGACGAACAUUGGGUCGCAAGGGGAGGUGCUGUCUCGGCGGUGCGUGGCGCUUCUCAAGACGGCCCUCAAGCCAGACGUGUGGCCCAACUCGGAGCUCAAGCUGGCCUGGUUUGACAAGCUCCUCAUGACUGUGGAGAGUGCUCAGCCCAACUACGGCAACAUCUGCACGGCGCUGGAGCUGUUGGCAUUCCUGCUGAGCAUUCUGCGACCCGAGGCCAUCCUGGCCAGCCUCAAGCCUCUGCAACGUGGCAUCGCUGCCUGCAUGACAUGCCCCAAUUCCAAGGUCAUCCGAGCCGUGCACGCCCUCCUGUCACGGCUCAUGGGCCUGUUCCCCUCGGAGCCAACCACGUCCAGCAUGGCCUCGCGGCACGAGGAGCUGGAGUCCCUCUACACAUCCAUCAGCAAGGUUGUGUACGAGGGCCUGACAUCAUACGAAAAGUCACCGGCGGCGCCACCGUCUACUCUGUUUGGCUGCCUCAUGAUCCUGAAGGCAGCUUGCGUCAACCACCCGUGCUACAUCGACCGGCUCAUCACGCCCUUCAUGCACGUGCUGCAGAAGAUGGCACGAGAGCACCUGUCGCCAGGCGGCAUCGGCGGUGGCGCGGGUGGCCAGGAGUCCAGCUCCAUGGGCACAGAGUUGCUCAUCCUGAGCCUGGACCUGGUCAAAAACCGCGUCGGCGUCAUGGGCCAGGAGAUGCGCAAGGCCUUCAUUGGGGCCAUCUUGGUUGGCCUUAUCGAGAAGUCGCCUGAUGUCAAGGUUCUCCGUGCCAUCACCAAAAUGGUGGAGGACUGGGUGAAGAGCAAAUCCCCGUUCGCAGUGAACCAGUCACCGACAUUGCGCGAGAAGUCAAUCCUGCUCGUGAAGAUGAUGCAGUUCAUGGAGAAGCGCUUCCCCGACGAGCUCGAGCUGAAUGGCCAGUUUCUGGAGCUCGUCAAUCACGUGUACCGAGACGAGACCCUCAAGGGCACGGAGCUCACUGCCAAGCUGGAGCCAGCUUUCAUGGCUGGCCUACGAUGUGUCCAGCCGGCAAUCCGAGCAAAGUUUUUUGAGGUGUUUGACAGCAGCCUGCGUCGGCGCUUGCACGAGCGGCUACUGUUCAUCGUGUGCUCCCAGAACUGGGAGACAAUCGGCCCCCACUUCUGGAUCAAGCAGUGCAUAGAGCUGGUGCUGGGCACGGCCGUCGUGAACACCCCCCUGCGCAGUGCUCAGCCAGCCAGUCUGCUGCCUGCGGCCACGACUGGGCUGCAGUCGCUGGAAGACAUUGCCACCACCUGCCCAGCCACUGCUCUCAAGGAAGAGCCGACCGACACUGAGGAGGAGAUUGACAUCGAGCUUCCGUCGACGGCUGAGGAGCGUUCUCUGUUGGAAGGGAGCGUUGCCGGCCGUGCACGGCAAAACCUGCAGCAGCUGGUGCAGCGACAGGGCCGCUUCCUGGAAGGCUUACGCGAGCUGCGCCUUGGGGCCUUCCUGAACGCCACUGUGCAGCUGUGCCACCUGGACACGUCGCUCGCCCAUCACAUGUGGCUGCAGCUGAUGCCCCGCCUCUGGAAGGUGCUCAGCGACCGGCAGCAGAGCGUGCUGGCCGGAGAGCUGGUGCCAUUCCUCUGCAGCGGAAGCCACGUGGUGCAGAAGGACUGCCACCCGAAUGCCAUUGGCGCCUUCGUCGAGGCUCUGGCUCAGUGCAGUCCGCCAGUGGCCAUCAAGCCAGCACUCAUCAAGUACUUGGGCCGCUCGCACAACCUGUGGCACCGUGCCUGCCUGCUGCUGGAGCAGGCAGCUCUGACGGGGCGAGGUGGUAGCGGUGCUUCGUGCAGCAGCGGGGUGCGAGGUGCCACCGAAGAGGCCGGGUCUGCUGCGGAGGACGCUCUGGCCGAGCUGUACUCCUUGCUGCGGGAGGAGGACCUCCUGGGGGGCCUGUGGCAGCGCCGGGCGCGCCACCCCGAGACCCCCCUGGCCCUGGCGCUGGAGCAGCAGGGCUGCUUUGAGCAGGCACAGGCGGCCCUGGAGGCGGCCAUGGCCCGCGCGCCCCGGCACGAAGCAGCGGGCAUGCUUCAGAGCGAGUGCCGCCUCUGGGAAGAGCACUGGCUCAGGUGCUGCAAGGAGUUGAACCAGUGGGAACUGCUGCUCGAGUAUGGCAGCUCCAAGAGCUGCGCCAACCCGCACCUGGUGCUGGAGAGUGCCUGGCGCGUUCCCAACUGGCCUCUCAUGAAGGAGGCCCUCUCCCAGGUGGAGCUUAGCUGCCCAAAGGAGCAGGCGUGGCGGGUAAAUCUCUACCGUGGCUACAUCGCCAUCUGUCACCCCGAGGAGCAGCACCUGUCACUCGUAGAGCGUGUUGUCGAGGUCAUCACGGGGCAGUGCAUCCGUGAGUGGCGCCGGCUACCCCACGUCGUGUCCCACGUGCACAUUCCUUUGCUGCAGGCGGCCCAGCAGAUCAUGGAGCUGCAGGAGGCUGCACAGAUCCAUCAGACCUUGCAGCCCACCGGUUCAGCCGCCGGGCGCAAUGCCCCGACCAGCGUGUACGACAUGCGGGCUAUUGUCAAAACGUGGCGCAACCGCUUGGCCGUGCUGGCCGACGACCUCUCCCACUGGAGUGAUAUAUUCACCUGGCGCCAGCAUCACUAUCAGGCUAUUGUGACCCACUUCGACAAUGCUCCUCCACCGUUGGUGCCCGAUUCGCAUGGCAACCAGCACCAAUCCAUGCUCGGAGUGCACGCGUCAGCGCAAUCCAUCAUCCACUACGGCAAGGUUGCACGCAAGCAUGGCCUCAUCAACGUCUGCCUGGACUCGCUCAGCCGGAUCCACACGAUUCCGAGUGUGCCCAUUGUGGACUGCUUCCAGAAGAUCCGUCAGCAGGUGAAAUGUUACCUGCAGCUGUCACACAUCACGGGCAAGAAUGAGCUGCAAGAGGGUCUGGACGUGAUUGAGUCAACCAACCUGAAGUACUUUGCGAAAGACAUGACGGCCGAGUUCUACGCGCUCAAGGGGCUGUUCUUGACACAAAUGGGUCGCUCGGAGGAGGCCAACAAGGCGCUGAGUGCAUCCGUCCAGUUGCACGACACCCUAGUCAAUGGGUGGGCCAUGUGGGGUGACUACUUUGAGGGCCUCUUUGGCCGCGACCGCUGGGACGCCCGGCAGCUGCCCCUGGCUGUGUCAGCGCUGACCUGCUACUUGCAUGCCUGCCGCCACCAGAGUGAACCCAAGGGUCGCAAGUACAUGGCGAAGGUGCUGUGGCUGCUGACGUACGACAACGAGCAGGGUGUCCUGGCCGAGGCUGUGGACAAGUACAACACGGGCGUGCCCCCUCUGCAGUGGCUGCCCUGGGUUCCGCAGCUGCUGACGUGCCUGGUGCGCCCCGAGGGGCGACAGCUGCUGAACCUGCUCGUCCAGGUCGGCCGGGUCUACCCGCAGGCCGUCUACUUCCCCAUCCGCACGCUCUACCUGACUCUCAAGAUUGAGCAGCGCGAGAGGUAUAAGAGCAGCGAAGAGGCACGAGCCCCACCAUCCGCCCCAGCCAGCACCACCUUAUCUCAACAGCCCACUGAAGCUGCCUCGCCGCAAGCCGGUGACAGUGCUCAGGCUGACACCGGCGGCCCGAUUCGUGCAACGCCCUCCAUGUGGCGCUGCUCCAAGAUCAUGCACCUUCAGCGGGACCUCCACCCCACCGUGCUUUCGUCCCUCGAGGGAAUUGUGGACCAGAUGGUGUGGUUCCGGGAGAACUGGUACGAGGAGGUCCUCAGGCAGCUGCGUCAGGGACUGGCCAAGUGCUACGCAGUGGCCUUUGAGAACCGGGGCGCAGUGGCAGAUGCCACCGUGACACCGCACACUCUCAACUUCCUCAAGAAGCUGGUGUCCACCUUCGGAGUGGGCAUUGAGAAUGUCUCCUCGGUGACGACCACCUUCUCCAGCACCGCGUCCGAGUCGCUGGCUCGCCGGGCGCAGGCCACUGCCCAGGACCCUGUCUUCCAGAAGAUGAAGGGACAGUUCACCACGGACUUUGACUUUGGCGUGCCAGGAGCGAUGAAGCUGCACAACCUGAUCAACAAGCUGAAGAAGUGGAUCAAGAUCCUGGAAGCCAAGACCAAGCUGUUGCCCAAGUCGAUGCUAAUCGAGGAGAAGUGCCGCUUCUUGAGCAACUUCUCUCAGCAGACGGCUGAUGUGGCUCUACCUGGCGAAUUCCUGAUGCCAAAGCACAGCCACUACUAUGUGCGCAUCGCACGGUUCAUGCCACGGGUGGAAAUUGUCCAGAAGUACAACACAGCUGCCCGCCGACUCUACCUUCGUGGGCAAAAUGGAAAAAUCUACCCAUACCUGGUGGUGAACGACGCGUGCCUGAGCGACGCACGGCGUGAGGAGCGGGUGCUACAGCUGCUGCGCAUGCUGAACACCCUGCUGGACAAACAGAAGGAGACGGCCCGCCGCUUCCUGCACCUGGCCGUGCCCCGUGUGGUGGCCGUUAGCCCCCAGAUGCGCCUCGUUGAGGACAACCCAGCGUCGGUCUCGCUGCUGCACAUCUACAAGCAGAGGUGCAGUCAGCGUGGUGUGGAGCAUGACGCCCCCGUAGGCCGCUACUACGAACGGCUGGCAGCAGUGCAGGCACGGGGAUCGCAGGCCAGCCACCAGGUGUUGCGGGACAUCCUGCGGGACGUCCAGGGCUCCAUGGUGCCCCGGACUCUGCUCCGAGACUGGGCUCUGGCCACCUUCCAGGCACCCACGCACUAUUGGACCUUCCGCAAGCAGUUCACCCUGCAGCUGGCACUGGCAGGCUUUGCGGAGUUCGUGAUGCACCUGACACGUCUGAACCCGGACAUGAUGUACCUGCACCAAGACUCAGGGUUCAUGAACUUCUCAUACUUCAAGUUUGAUGUCGACGACAUCUCCGGUGACCUGGAUGCCAACAGGCCAGUGCCUUUCCGCCUGACGCCCAACCUGUCCGAGUUCAUGACCAGCAUUGGCGUAGCAGGCUCCAUGACGGCUGGCAUGAUUGCCACGGCACGCUGCGUGGCCCAGCCCAACUUCAAGCUGCAAGCUCUGCUGCGUGCCAUCCUGCGGGAUGAGCUGAUCGCCUGGCACAAAAAGAAGCAAGAUGACAGCGCGACGCCUGGCUCAACGCCACAGGACAUGGAUGGCGAGCAGAUCAUCGGCAUGGUGUCCAAGGCUGUCAGUGCGGUCAUGACUAGACUUCAGACUCUGGCCACUUUUGAUGGCGCCGACAGCAAAGUGAGCACACUGGUGGCGGCUGCCAACAGUCACGACAACCUCUGUCGGAUGGACCCUGCCUGGCAUCCUUGGCUGUGAUAUCGGAUACACUUGCAUCCUGCCCUUCGCAUCUCAUUCAUCGUCACUUGGAUCAGAACUCUUUUUGUCAUUUGUUCAUGUGUGUGUUGUGAUACCCAAUUAUGGGCUACCAUUAUUGUAAAGCAAGUUAUUUCAUCUUUCAUCAUGGAGCUGGUUUUCUCUUGUUCAAGUGCCAUGUUGGAGUUCAAGUGGUUGCCCAGCAUCGUGCAAGGACAUGGUGAAAUGCUGACCAUUGUGUUUGAAAUUCAUCACUUUGCACCAGACAGGGCACACGACAGACAGUGUGUUCUGCUGUCUAUCUAGCCACUGUUGACUUUAUAAUCACUAGCAUUUUAUCUGAUCAUCACCAAUAAUUGGUGAAAAGUCGUAUCGACACAACUGAUAGUGCCAGGAGUGACCACAUGCACCAGAUAUGCGUGGUGCAGUGGGAAGACACUCGGUGUGCAGUCUUUUUGUACAUUACCUUUUUAAGUUUUGUAUAGGACCUUUUCCAACAUGCAACACUCGUUUCAGUCACACGUUUCUGUUCACACAUAUGAAGAGUUCAUUUGUGUGAAAUGGUUUUUUGGUCUACACAUGACCAAGAGAAUGAAAUUGAAAUAAAACUAUGUCUGCCUGGA